GAACUGGCGGACUGGCGAGCUGGAGAACCGAGUGCUCGACCGAUCCACUUAGUGAGUCGCGCACAUCGGAACACAGCAGACGUCGCUGGCUUUUUGGGGAAAACGAUCGAGAUAUCGACAGCGUCGACAGAGUUGGAGAUGUAUUCAAUUCACAUUAUUGUCAAAAUUCCAAGUGACUUUUUUUCGUGUGCUCUUUUAAUUAAAAUUUCAUCGAUCGCUUUCCGCGCACGGAGUGAGAAUCGCAGUGAACUGACGUAGAACCGGGGAUCCGAAAGUCGGCGGCGGGUAUGUGUGUUUGCUCCCCGAUUCGCAGACCGGAAAAACUAUUAGAAAACGUUCCCCUUCUGACAUUGCCGGGAAAUUGCUGUGAAUCGCCGAGCAGCCCCGAUUUUCAACCUGAUUUUCCGUUCACUUCACUUUGAAGUGCUUCGAUUUAAAUUGCUUCGUUUGCCGGUUUGCUAAUGUUGAUCGAUCUAUUUUCAAGCCGUUUUAAGCUUGUGGCUGCGAUUUACACCUGGGUGCUAAAAUCGCCACAAAGCAAUGGCAUUAAGUGCGGGGUCAAAUUGGCUUUUAGCGCGAUCUCUGCUUUUCUGGGCCAAGCCCAGAUCGGGCUGAGAGCAUACUUUGCGGCGUCUUUAAGGAUCAGAAGUAGUAUCUCUCACAGUUUAAAAUUUAAUUCUUUUACUAAAGAUGAAGCUCGGAAGAGUUGUCGUUUGAGUCGCAUUCAUACUCCAAUAAUUAAGACGUUCAUUAGACAAAGCAAUCAAAUUUGUAUCGAUUAACAAGACUGUUUUAUAGACGUGUGUUGGGUAUUUGAUUCCCCCAUUGUGAGGUUCUAUACUCUGUAGAUAGGGGUUCUCUUUACGGGUUCCUCCCCGGUGGACAGCUGAAAGCAAAUCGUGCGUUUCGCGAGAAUCCGAAUGAGUAAACGGCAAUCGGUUGGCCACUUUAAUAGCAGCUAGAAAAGUGCCUCAAGCUGAAGAGCAGAAGCGGAAACAUCGUGUUUAGGCCAAACAAAUGAUAAGAUAAGGCUCGCUUCGAUCGCAGCAGAACGCAGAACCGAGGAGACAAGCAGCUCGCAUCCCCAGGAACACGAGGAGCAGGAACAAGGAGCACUCAGCGCACAUGAUCGGGGACCCGCGGCAAUGGAAAUUAGUGUGAGCCCGGAGCCCGGAACAGCAUCAGUAACCAAGAGGGAGACACGCAGCUAGAGAGCACGAGACCAGCAGCCCAGGAGCCAUGCGCAGCGGGCGGAACUACGUCCAGCGGCCGGGCGAGAGUAGCUUCGAGCUGGAGGAGCCGGAGGACUCCGAGCAGGAGUCGCGUAGCUCGGCCAAGGGGGAGCCCGCGGCGGAGGAGGAGCGGCAGGAGGAGCUGCAGGAGCAGACGGACACCUUGAGUACCCGCAGCAGCAGCUCCACCCCGACGACAGCCGACGUGGCCGAUGUGGAGACCAUCAGCUCCCUGCCCCUCUCUCCUCCCGCCUUCGGCGGCCGAGGCAGCCAGCUGGUGAAGCGCCACUGCCCCUCGAAGGACCAGCAGCAGCAGGCGGACAGCGGCUCCAGCUCCAGCUCCAGCUCGAGUUCCAGCUCCAGCUCCAGCCAGCAGCCGGAUCUGGACGACGUGCCCACGGUAAGUGGGCGCGAUCCGCGGCGCAACGCCUCCCCCUCAUCCACUUCAUCCUCCUCCUCUUCCACGACCCCGCAGACAUCGCGGUACGCAGCAGCGGCGGCCCAUCCCAGUGCCGCCUUCGCGGAGACGGCGGCCACCUCGUCCUCCGGAUCGGGCAGGGCGUGCGGCGGGAACGGCGGAGCCGCCCACAGGCGCACCCACUCGGCCGCCUCCUACAUCUCGAUGCGGUCGCAGGGCGGCAACUCGGAGGCGCCCCCGGAGCGGCCCAAGCGGAACCGCUUCUUCGAGUGGCUCAGAGUGCUCUGCAACAUCUGCUGCUGCAAGAGUUCCGGAAUCGGGGAGCCGAGUGUUCAUCAUGCGCUGGUUGUGAUAUUUCUAGAGUUCUUCGCCUGGGGCCUGCUGACGAUGCCCAUAAUAUCGACCCUCAACCAGACGUUCCCGGACCACACAUUCCUCAUGAACGGCCUGGUCAUGGGCAUCAAGGGCAUACUGUCCUUCCUGUCGGCGCCGCUGAUCGGCGCCCUUUCGGACAUCUGGGGCCGGAAGUUCUUCCUAUUAGUCACAGUAUUCUUCACCUGCCUGCCCAUACCGCUGAUGUCCAUCAACACGUGGUGGUUCUUUGCCAUGAUCUCAAUAAGCGGCGCCUUCGCCGUCACCUUCUCGGUGGUGUUCGCCUACGUGGCGGACGUCACCACGCCGGAGGAGCGCUCCAAGGCCUACGGCCUCGCCUCGGCCACAUUCGCCGCCAGCCUGGUCAUCUCGCCGGCCCUGGGCAACGCCCUGAUGGAGAUGUACGGCGACACGCUAGUCGUGGCCCUCUCCACGGCCAUUGCGCUGCUGGACGUCUUCUUCAUUCUGGUCGCGGUGCCCGAGAGUCUGUCAGAGAAGAUGCGGCCCGCCUCCUGGGGCGCGCCCAUCAGCUGGGAGCAGGCGGACCCCUUUCUGGCUCUGCGCAAAGUGGGCACCGACAAGACCGUGCUGAUGCUCUGCCUCACCGUGCUGCUUUCCUAUCUGCCGGAGGCCGGCGAGUACUCCUGCAUGUUCGUCUACCUAAAGCUCAAGAUGGGCUUCAACUACGUGGAGGUGUCCAUCUUCAUAGCCAUAGUCGGCAUCCUCAGCAUCACGGUGCAAGUGACCCUCGGCUCCUUCAUGCAGGUUUUCGGGGCCAAGCGCACGAUCAUUAUGGGCCUAGCCCUGGAAAUCGUGCAGCUCCUGUGGUACGGCUUUGGCAGUCAAAAGUGGAUGAUGUGGUCGGCUGGCGUGGUGGCUGCCCUGGGCUCCAUCACGUACCCCGCCAUCAGCGCCUUCGUUUCCCUCUACGCGUCCCCCGAGAGUCAAGGCGCUGUGCAGGGCAUGAUCACGGGCAUGCGGGGCCUGUGCAACGGGCUCGGGCCGGCGGUGUUCGGCGUCGUCUUCUACCUGUUCAACGUGGACCUGAACGACGACCACGACGCGCACGCGAAGAACAGCGGCAGCCGGGCGACGAACGUGGAGAAGAUCUCGCAGCACGUGCCGGGGCCGCCGUUCGUGUUCGGCGCCCUGUGCGUCUUCUGUGCCAUAAUAGUGGCGGCGUUCAUUCCGGAGGGCCAGACCUCCACCCUGGAAAAGAAACGUGCCUCGCUCGACGUGCAGUACGAGAUCGAGACGGGCCACAAGGCGCCCAGCUCCCUGGCGCCGCUCAUCCGCUCCGAUUCGCUGGCGCAGCUGUAGUGCGCUCCUCCGCCGGCGUCCCGGCCACGCAACUGGAACCAGCUGCUGGUGGCCAUCGAUACGUUUAAGCAGUGCUAGGGCGUUAAGGAUUUUGUAACUGUAACAAAUGCUGUAACUAGUUUGGCUUUAGUUUCCGGAGUCUAUUAGGUGCAUAAUAAUCGUAUAUACACAUAGCGCAGAUGCAGAUCAGGCCUUGAAGAUGAUAAUGUUAUUGUUUGCAUGGCUAGGCCUUCUUACUAAGUUUCUUUCCGUUAAGGGAGAGCACCACCACCACGAACCACCUCAGCCCAAUUACGUUUCGUAACUAACUAAUUUAUUAUCGCCUAAGUAACGUAGUCACACAUUGGAUUUGCCCGCGUGCUUGCCCAUUUCUCCUUUCUUUGCGACUGUCGGUUCUCUUCGGGUUGGGAUUACAUCACAGCAGACAGACAGCCGGACAGCCAGACAGCCAGACAGGCGUUUAGGCUGAACACGUUUUGCAAGAACAACAAAAUAACUGCCAAAUAAAAAACAAAGUAAGUGUAAUUCGCGAUCUUUCAGCACAGCACAACACGCGGAGUUCGGAAACGUCGGAGUUCUGAACAUCGCUCGGUCGAUCGCAUUUCUAGUUGGGCUUGACGCACUCUUCUGUUCCUUGCCCCAAAGCCGUUUCGUUGCAGCCAGUACAGCCAGACGAGGAAAAUCCAAAUAAACUGAAUACUAAGCUUUACUUUGAAAAUUGUAGUGAUUUAAAGUCUAAACUCUAAACCAGAAUUGAGAACUAUAAAGAAUCGGGUCACAAAACCACGAGGUACGAGUAUAUACAAAAUAAAUGUGUAUAUAUAGAGAGACGCAUGUAUGGAUACUGACACAAAUCGUAAUGUUUUUAAUUUAGCUAAAUGCAAGUUAGCGCCUCCGAUCAUGUGCAACGCUGUAGUUAUUAUUUUGAUAAAGAUAAAGAUAAAGAUAGAGCAGAAUUAUGCAGAGCCUUCAACAAAGUCAAUGCUUGAAAGUACAUAUAAAGAAAGGGAGCAUGUGUAUGUAUAGUACUAUAGGUAUCAAAGUUAUAUUUUUCGAAGUUGCUACAACAGUGUAAAGUUCCCCACUCGCUCCUCCCACGAAAAAAGAAAAAAUGCAGACGUAGCACGUACAUACACAUCCACCCGUGUGAGCGGAGGCACAGUCAAUGGAGCAGAGACCCCCAAUCGGAAACCGGGGGCCGCGACAGACAGUAUACAAGAAAACUGAUCCCAAAUUUCGAUUGUAAAUUAUUUAACGUGUAAUUUAGUGUUUUAAACGAAACCAAAAUAAACAAAAUUGUUUAAUGAAACGCUA